UUCGCGUUAUCUUGUGAUAUUUCAUAGUUCUAACAAUAAAAGUACGUCGUUAGAACAAUAUACAGUCAUACGUUAAAACAUGAACGUACAUUGAUUUAUGCUAAGGAAUGUUCAAUAAACACGUCACAACCAGACCCAUGUCACUUCAAUAUGGCGGCGACGUUGACGUAGCUUCCAGGGACCAAUGCGUAAAAAGCUCGGGAAGAGAGAAGGUCGAGGAGGAGGAGGAGGAGGAACCGAGUGAGGCUACUCUUUAGAGUGGGUAACCGCUGCACGGAGACGAAAUUCUUCUGUCCUCGUCAGCCUGAGUAAGUACGUGACGGCGGCGAUGAAUGAAGACAAAGCAGGAGGCGUCGUACAACAUGAUACCUGCGCCUACAUUUAAUCUUCCAUACAGCCUGUGAAGGUUUCCUCCUCGCUGUCCGUCCACAGUGAACCGCGUCACCGCCGCCACCACCACCAUCGCCAGGCGAUGACAGCGGCUCCAGCCACUCCGCAGGUGAUGAGAGACCGGCUGCUACAGGCCGUCGACGGCCAGAGUAACAUAUGCAACAUGGGUGUAGUCGUGGAGGUUAUCUCUUUUUUGGAGAAAUAUCCAAUCACCAAAGAAGCACUGGAGGAAACCCGCCUUGGAAAGCUGAUCAACGAAGUCCGAAAGAAAACCAACAACGAGGACCUUGCUAGACGUGCAAAGAAGCUGCUGCGCAACUGGCAGAAGCUAAUUGAGCCUGAGGAAGAGUUGAUUUCCAAAGAACACACGGGUGCAUCAUGGUCUUCAAGCUGUGGAGUUCUUACCUGUAUGUCUUCGCCCACUGCAACCACCCCAUCGUGUAAAACAGGUCCAGAGUUAAAGAACAGAAAUAAUUUUAACAAUUGCCAUCCCCCAAGGUUAGAAAAAACAGAAAACAGAAAAUGCAAGGGUGUCGAGAAGGAAGGGAAGUUCUUACCAGCCAAGAUAUCAAAACGGACUCUUACUGAUAAAAUACAGAACUCCAAACAACUGCCAUCCAAAGAAAAAGUUAGCAGCUCUGAUAUGUGUACAGAUUUUAAUGUACAUCGACCUUUAGACAGGGAUAUUUCUGAGUCAUUAGAUGGGUUUGGUAAAAUCCCUGUCAGCUCUGUACAACCUCAUCCAAGUGUCUUGGGACACAGCAAGCCCUCUUUGUUGAAAGCAUCAGUUCUGCAACAGCAAUCUAGAUCUCAUCAAGCUGCCACCGGAGGGCAGUAUCGACCCAGAAGCCCUCACGGCUCCUUGCAUAGUCCUCAACCUCCGAUACAGGAAGCUAUUGUCAAAAAAACUGCAACACAACCGCAGAGUCUUUCUAGCCUCACAGUGAGGCCUGGCCCUGUGAACACUUUUGGGCUGGGGCCUUCUACUCAACCUUUAAGUGUUGGUGCUCAGGGUUGUGACCACUCACAGUCUACAGAUGUGGACUCUCAAAGCAGGCUUCCAAAUGUGUCCAACAAAGUAGGUUUAGAAGACAAUGGUCCUUUAAGCAAUAUAGGUAAAGUAAAAAGACAGAAAUGUAGGCAUAUGGUAAAGUUAGAUGUGCACACUGUAGAAGACAGCACAAAACCAGUCAGGUUAAAAGAUAGGAAACUGUUAUUUGACCCUGUGUCAGGGCAGAUCAAGCAUUCCCUUCCUAAGGAAGUAGGUGUGGAGAAAGCGGUCAAACUGGGGGAUAGACAUGAACCUCAGUGUUCAGAACAGCUGAAGCUGAAUUCAUCAGUUCCUUCUAGUCCCUUACAGCACAAUGACUGGAAAGAGCUGUCAAGGAGCGAAUGCAUCCAAUCUUAUCUUAGCCACCAAAGCAGUGUGCUGACAUUGUCGGGUGCCUACACUCCGGGGGCACAUUUUGUCAUGACAGAGUUCUUAAAAACACAAGAACACCAAAGAAAAGAAACCAAGAAAACACACAUGUUGACACCAGAAAUACCAGCCAAGGAUUUACCUGGGAUUAGCCGAGAGAUCGUUAAUGAAGACCUCUGCAGAAUACACACACAACACUGGCCGGGAGUUAAUGGCUGCUAUGACACAAAGAGCAACUGGUACGAUUGGUCACAGUGCAUCUCUUUAGACCUGCAUGGAGAUGAGAGCAGAUUGAACAUACUGCCAUAUGUCUGUCUGGAAUAAAAUCAGGUUUCUGUUUGUUUAUAAUUCUGAAUUUUGAAAAAGUGAUCCAGUAACUGCAUUCCAGACUUUUUCUGCUGAUACUCCAACCUACUUUUUACAGAAAAACAAAAACAAAACUAAGAUUAAACAUUUUGAUAAUGUGAACUUAUUUCAUAUUAUACUUGCCUUCUCCCUUUACUGUGUAUUUAUUUUGUACAAUAUUACUUGAAAUAGCAAAGCAGGUUAUGCUUCAAUUUUGCAUUUUUUGUACUGUUAAAUGCUGAAUGAAGUAGUUAAAGGCAUUUUAUUUGAUAUUGUUUGCCUUAUGAAAACUAUUGUUUUCCCUCAAGACAGAGCCAUAGUGAAUGUACAGAAAUGAGACAUUUGUGUUCAAUCAAAUGCAGAAUGAAUGUCUUGCUACUUAGUCCUUUAAUGGACACAAUUUUGAUAUGUGUUAAUAAUAAAUAAAAACAAGGAAACGGUU